AGCCGCCAUCUCGACGCGUCCGCCGUCCGAAUUCAUGAACCGUAACCCGUCGCUGACAAGGGUCAGCGAUGCGACCUCCUCGAAGCUCUACAAGAUGCCAAGCCGCAGCGUCAUCGAGUCCGAGAAGUCUGGCCUGCAGCGCGGCAGGGGGCGCGACGGGCGCGAAGACCUUGGCAUGCCGAAGCCCAAGCCCAAGCCCACGAGAAAGCCAGUGCUGAGGGACCUCUCCGACGAUUCGGACGACGAGCUCGAGCACCCGUGGAAGGCAGACAUCAGCGCGAACCGCAUCACUAGGACCGUCAGCCCACAGACCCCGGAGGAGCUCGACCCCACAUACCAGAAGAAGCGGUCGAGCACAUACAAGAAUCUGUCUUUCAAGAAGAUCAGCAAGUCCGGGGACACGUCGGCGGCGAAGGCGUCUACUUCCAAGGCGCCUGCUGAGCCUAUCGACCUUACGAACUCACCUAGGAAGCGCCGGUCCCCCUCUCCCUCCCGUCGGCCGCUUAGGCAUCAAUCUACCAAUGCUGCUCGCUCUCCUACGCGUCGUGCGCGCGUCCCCUCUCCCCCACCCCCGAUCACGGAUAGACCACGAACCAAUCGCUUCGUGAAACCCAAGCCCACUGCUGCUCCCAAUAAGCGUCAGCCUGAGGCCAACCCGAAGUUAAACCCCUUCAGCAAGAACAAGCCCUCGCCUCCCGAGCGCACGCGUUCAUCACAACGUCGGUCACCUCCGCCGCUCUCGAAGCGGACAUCCAUCGUGAUAGACGAUGAGGACUCCAGCGAGGGUGUCGAAGAGGUCGAUGGCCCCGAAGAAGACGAGGAGGCAUCUUUCAGCAGAUCCUUGCGAAAGAGAGCCAGCAUGCGGCUCACAACCCCGGAAGCGGCCCCCUUCCCAAUGGACUUGACGCCGAAGAAGAGGCCGCAACCUCAGGCCUUCCCCAUGUCCGACGACUCUCCCCUGUCAUCCCCUCCCAAACGCGCCUCUGAUCCAUUCCCCAUGUCGCCAUUGUCGUCUCAGACGAAAGUACCUUCGUACGGAGACGACGACAGCGACGAAGAUGACUUCCCAACCAGUGAUCGGGUGAAGGCACAGAAGGAGCGCGCGGUUGACAAAGGGAAGGGCAAGGCGACAUACGUUGCCCCUAAAUCCAAGCCAAAGCCUAUUCGGAAGGCUCAACCUCCGCCCUUCUCGCAGUUCGUGCCCUCUGCGCACGACGACACGCCUCGCUCGCGCAAUAAGCGCUUCUCGGACGACGGCCUUAGCGAAGGCGAGCGUGAUGCCAAGCGACCUAGGUCUACGUCUCCAGCGUCGUCUGCGUACGAGCCGAUAGGCGAUGAUGAUCCUGAUUUGUCUUUGGGGCCUGCUUCCCGAGACGCUCGUGAGCUAUGCCCAUAUUGCGACGAGCUCCUACCCUCUUCACCUACGCCUACUCUCACGCGCAUGCUCGAGGAAGUCGCAAAGAAGUCGCGCCCCGCACCUCGGCCGUCCAAUCCCCGCGGUCGCAAAGCCCAGUUGCGGCACUUCGCCAUCGUAUGCCAACGACACCGCUUCGAGCGCGACGUGCUCCCCGACGCCGAACGCAAGGGUUGGCCGAAGAAGAUCGACUGGAGUGCCUUACCCUCCCGCGUGCGUCACCUGCGCGACGAGCUGCAAGAGAUCCUGGAGGAUGAGGUCGACCAUGGGGGAUGCGUCUUCUGGAAGGAGCUCGCGAAGGAGAUCAAGGAGAAGGGCACGCGCGCCGCGACGGGUGUCGCGGGCCAGUUCGAAAACUUUGAGAAGGUCCAGAUUGGAUACUACGGCGAACAAGGCGCCGCCAUCAUCACUCAGACGCUCUACAGCAUGUUCCCCAUGGACCUCAUCGACCCCGACAAGGUCUUCCCCCUCUCCCCCAGCGAAUUCCUCCAGCGCGUCCUCCUCCCGGAAGCCGGCUUACGCCUCAUUGAGGAGGACCGCGCCCGUGGCGCCGCCGAUGCCCUGCGCACCCUCCGCGAGAGCGCCAAGUACGGUGUCGCGAUGUUCCCGGAUGACUCGGGCGUGGGCGGGCGGCAGAGCUUGGGCGGGUCGGGCGGGGGCGGGGGCGUGGCGGAUGGGAUCGUGAUGGCGCGGGCGGCGAGGAGGAGGCAGCAGAUUGAGGCGGAGGAGAGGAGGGAGGAAGAAGAGGAGGCGGCGAAUGCGAGGGCGAGGCCACGGCCGAAGCCGAGGCCGGUAAGGAAGGAGGCGACGGGGAGUAGUAUGAUGGAUGUGGAGGAGGAUGGGGGCGCGGGUGCAGGUGCGGGGGCAGACAAUGGGGGAUCCAGGGGUGGGCGCUGCUCGUCGGAUAUGGAUAUGGAGAGCGACGACGAUGGGUGGUUGAGCAGGCAGAGGCUGCCUUCGACGGCAGGCUCGACGGGCGAGAUGGAUGUGGACGUGGAGCAGACACCGAAGCCUGCGAAGGUGUGGGAGGCGCCGGAGCCGACGAGGAAGAGCGGCCGGAUACCGCGGAUGCGCUCGGCGAGCGUGCAGCCCAAAGAUUCACCGAAGCGGGUCUCGCGCUCACGGUCGACCAGCGUGCAGCCGGACGGCGACGUAAUCGAACUCAGCUCCGAGGACACCGACGAGGAGAACGCGCCGAGGGGCAAGCGGGCCAGCCAACGGAGCAAACCCUCGAGUCAUCUCGGCAAACCUUCGAGCCAGCGUAGCUGCCCACCGAGCAAGCCUCCCAGCCAGCAAAGCAAGCCCUCUAGUCAUCGCCAGCCCUCGAGUAGGCCAGCGUCGAGGGCGGCCUCGGUAACCAGCGACAAUUCAUCGUCAUUCGAGUCUCUUCCACUUCCGCCCGCCAAACCUGCUUCCGGGUUAGCAGCUGCGAGGGCGAGGCUUGCGGCGCGCAGACAGCAAUCCGAGGACCGUCAAUUGUCUGCGAAGAAUAGCUUGGAUUGGCUGCUGAGCGACGAGUAGCUUGGAGCUUGGUUAUUUCUCUGCCCUUCUCUUCGUUGCUGAUGAUGAUGAGAUGCCUCUCCUGCGAUGCCUACGCUGCUGCGCCUUGAUCUUGUUAUGCUACUUAUCGUCUCGUAGACUAUCAGUAAAUGAGACGAAUAAUGUACCUACAUUCUUACUAUUGCUUAUUCGCUGCGUAUCGAAGUCCGGAAG